CUGUUAAAAAGAAAGCUGGCUUUAUCACUCCAGUUCCGGGAGGUGUGGGACCCAUGACAGUGGCAAUGCUUCUGAAGAACACCCUUCUGGCAGCUAAAAAAAUCAUUUACUAGAUCACAUGAAAGGAUAAAGCAAACUGAAGUCAUGCUAUUUGUUUAUUUGACAAAGGGUAACAGGAAACCAAUGUUUCAAAAGAAAACUUGAUCACAUUGCUAGAUAAUACAGGGAUCCUAACCAAGUGCGUGAGUGCCCAGAGGCUUUCUGCUGCUGCCAGAAGUACAUAUUUUUUUGAUUGGUAAGAACUGCCAGAUGACGCUUCAUGAAAUAUAAAUGCAACAAAGACUCAGAGAGCUCAAUAAAAACCUUCCACCCGUCAGUCUAGAAGGAUAAGAGAAAGAAAGUUAAGCAACUACAGGAAAUGGCUUUGGGAGUUCCAAUAUCAGUCUAUCUUUUAUUCAACGCAAUGACAGCACUGACUGAAGAGGCAGCCGUGACUGUAACACCUCCAAUCACAGCCCAGCAAGCUGACAACAUAGAAGGACCCAUAGCCUUGAAGUUCUCACACCUUUGCCUGGAAGAUCAUAACAGUUACUGCAUCAACGGUGCUUGUGCAUUCCACCAUGAGCUAGAGAAGGCCAUCUGCAGGUGUUUUACUGGUUAUACUGGAGAAAGGUGUCUAAAAUUGAAAUCGCCUUACAAUGUCUGUUCUGGAAAAAGACAACCACUGUGAGGCCUUUGUGAAGAAUUUUCAUCAAGGCAUAUGUAGAGAUCAGUGAGCCCAAAAUUAAAGUUUUCAGAUGAAACAACAAAACUUGUCAAGCUGACUAGACUUGAAAAUAAUGACAGUUGGGAUCACAAUGAAAUGAGAAGAUAAAAUUCAGCGUUGGCCUUUAGACUUUGCCAUCCUUAAGGAGUGAUGGAAGCCAAGUGAACAAGCUGCAGUGACACAAGUCAAGUUCAUAGUUUCACUCUGGGUUUUUUGUUGUUGUGUGGUUAUUAUUCUCACUACAGAAAGACUGAGUUUCAUGCUCCUGGCUGUGUCAGAUGUGAAUUUUCAUGGGAAUAAUAAUCAACCUUGCAGCAAGCCAAAGCAAUGCCUCGCUUGGGUUCUUCAUGUUCUUACUACCCAGUGUUUUUUACCACCUAGAUGGACCUCUCUAAGUCUAUUUGCUCAGUGAACCUUAUCCCAAACUUCUUGUUUUCAUGGUGUCUAAAAGAAUGUGAUGUUAGCUUUUAGAAUGAAAUCAGUGUUAAGGUACCUGCAGUGAACCAAACGUGUCUUAAAUCUAACCUACUGAAAACAGAAUGGAAUGUCCAAGGCAAAUACAAAUCAUACACAGCUUGUAACAUACAGCCUUUAUAUGUGACAUAUGGAAUAAACUAAAGAGUUUCUGAAGACUGAAGCUAUCUGGAUAUCAAGUCUGGAGUAGGCAAAGCAUUUCCAUUUCUACAUGGAUUAUAAAACUUUGUGUUGGACUCAUUGGCCCCUAAUGCUUUUGUUCAUCACUUCUUCCAGUUGUCGGUGGAAUUACCUGGUGACUAUUCAUUUGGACCGAAAUCCUAGAAGUCUCCUACUGAAUAAAAGUCUACAAUUGGCCCUAAAAUAGAAACUGAAACACAGGACAUAGAAUUUUUUCACCAGACCACAGCAUGUGGAAACUUUCCUUAUCGUUUUUGAACACUUGUUAACAGAUUUGCACAUAGAGGGAGAGAAAAAAAAAAUGGAGUAACAGUCAAAAUAAUAAGAAUCAGUGUCCAGGCCAGGUGCGGUAGUUCACGCCUGUAAUCCUAGCACUUUGGGAGGCCAAGGCGGAUGGAUCACCUGAGGUCAGGAGUUUGAGACCAGCCUGGCCAACAUAGUGAAACCCUGGCUCUACUAAAAAUACAAAAAUUAGCUGGGCGUGGUGGCACAUGCCUGUAAUCCCAGCUACUCUGAAGGCUGACACAGGAGAAUCGCUUGAACCCAGGAGGCAGAGGUUGUAGUGAGCCGAGAUGGCAACCCUGCACUCCAACCUGGGCGACAAGAGCGAAACUCCCUCCAAAAAAAAAAAAAAAAAAAAAAAUCAGUAUCCCUCCUCUUAGUAAUAUUUCUGUCACUUAAUUCAAACAGUCGUAUGCAGAUCACUUAAUUUAUUUGGGCUUUUGUUUCAUUUUCUACAAGGCCCUCUUAGCUCUAAAACUUGACAGUGGAAUAAGGAAAUGUUUUUCCAAACCUGCAUUGCCGGUGAGAUCCUCAACAUCAACAUGUUGAGAUGGACCUCAACCCCACCUCUAACCCUGAAACACACCACUUGAUAUUAUCUUAGGUAUAUGUUUUAGUGUUAGUUUGUAAAAUAAUAAUUUAUUUUUGAAGGAAAUAUAAAAUAUUAAAGAGUAAUAAUAGCUAUCAUUUUUUAAGAUUCAAUCUAAAACAAUGGACUCUUUUUUUCCCCAUUUGUGAUGUAGAUAAGCAAGACAAUUUUGAUCAUGAGUGGUAAAAAGAGGAUCAAACUUGACUAUUCUUACAAUGACAGUCCAGCAGCAAGCCUUUCAUUUACAUUAAAUUAUAACUUUUCAUUCAUUCCUAAACCAAACUUAAAAUUCUGCUUUCCUUUGAGUAGAAGGUAUUUAACUUGUUUUGUUUUUCCUUCAGAAGGAAUUUAAUGCAAAUGGAUUGCAGUCAGCACUUUCUGAAUGUUUUCACACAGUGUGCAAAGCUUACAUCAUACCAAGGAGUGGAGAGUUGAAGUUUCCUCCCAGUGACUCCAGUGACAGACCACACCUAGAAAGCGUUUCUCUUCCUGAGUAUUUCAAAAAGAUGUAAAAGAGCUGGGGAGAGUAUGGGAAGAAACAAUACAGGAUUGCCUUUAAUUAACAAUUGCCUCCUGAUAAAAGGAAAAAGAAAUUAAUGCUGGAGUAUGGAGGGGUGAUAACCUUAAAGAUUAUAAAUAUUUGUUGUCUAUAAAUACUUGUAAAUUAUAAACACAAUAUAAUUAAAAUUAGAACAUCAGGAAAAGAAUUAAAAUCCUCAGGUUGCAAAACCAAAAUGUUAACCAAAACAAAUACUCAUGAGAUUCAACUUUGUUCACCUAUAGAAUAGUACUUAUUAACAACAUAAAAUCUACCCUAUGAGACUGUAUGGAAACUCAGAGUGUGGCUUAUGAUGACCAUCUGUUUAUGAUAUUUCAUAUAAAACAAUCUUGUGAUCCUGUAGUUCCUACCAUUAAUUUUGUAGGAAGGAAUCUCUGACAUUCCUAUGGAGCUAGAACCACAUCUGGCAAUAUUUAAGUACCUAAGCAGAACUUAAGAGGGACAAUGCAUAAGUACAAGAUAUUUAGAAAUUGGUUCAUUUUUUUUCUAUAUAUAAGAAGACCCUAAAAAGAGCCUUUCAGUAAAGUUUGUGCUUCAGAACUACACUUUCAGCUAUCAAUCAAUGUGUCAUUAAUUGGGGGUGGAUUAUUUAGGAAACAAAUGCCAACAUGUUUCAGGCAUCUUUGACUACAUUACACUAGCCAAGAAGUUCAUCAAUUUCUUUCAUUCCCCAUUUUGUCUCUUCCCUUCGUCUAUCCUCCAAUUAUUUGAGAACACAUCCUUAAGUCAUCAGUAUUCAUGAGUGCUUUAUUAUUUAGCAUUUCAGAGUAUAAUGAGGAUGGGGCACAGAAUAUAAUGUCAGCCAUCCUGGAGCCAGUAAAUUUGCAAAAAAAGUAAUUAAAAAUGC